AUGGUGGAAGAGAUGCUUACAGCAGGCAUCAUCUCAUAUAGCACUUCCCAUUUUGCCUCACUAGUGCUAUUAGUCCCAAAGAAGGACAAUACAUGGAGAUUCUGUGUGGACUAUAGAGCAUUGAAUGGAAUCACCAUUAAAAACAAGUUCCCUAUACCACUUAUUGAGGAUCUAUUUUCAAAAUUGGCCACUGCAAAUGUUUUUACCAAGUUGGAUCUGAGAGCUGGUUAUCACCAAGUGAGAAUGAAAGAAGGGGAGGAGUAUAAGACAGAUUUUAGAACACAUCAGGGGUUAUAUGAGUUCAAGGUAAUUCCAGUUAGGUUAACCAAUGCACCAGCCACCUUCCAAUCCCUUAUGAAUCAUGUAUUCAAACCAUUGAUUAGGAAGACUGUCCUUGUCUUUUUUAAUGACAUUUUGAUAUACAGCCCUUCCCUAGAUAGCCAUUGGAGACAUUUAAGAGAGGUUUUGGAGAUCAUGAGGAGUAAUAAGUUGUUAGCCAAGUUUAGUAAAUGCUCAUUUGCUAAAAGAGAAGUUGAAUACUUAGGACAUGUCAUUUCUGAAAAGGGCAUGCAAACUGACCCUGAGAAACUAUCUGCUGUGGCUGCUUGA